CUUAUGUGUCAAGCCCAGCAAGGUUCGUGAUUAGCUUCCCCGCCACACUCGAGAGCAGCGGAGGCCAGGGUCUCUGGAGCAGCGGAUAAUCAUCUGUUUGGGUACCUUGACAUUAAAAUAUUAACUGAAUACUAUGGCAAAGGCUGGAAACCGGGGCACAAUCAAGGCGGCCUUGGGCUUCAGGGCUGAGGAAGAUGCACAGAAGUUAAGGAAGGCCAUGAAGGGGCUUGGUACAGAUGAAGAUGCCAUCAUCGAUAUCGUGGCCAAGAGGAGCAUAUUCCAACGUCAGGAAAUUUUAAUCGCCUAUAAAUCCACUAUUGGCAGGGAUUUGAUUGGCGAUUUGAAGUCUGAGCUGAGUGGGAAUUUUGAGAAGGUGAUAAUUGGAUUGAUGACUUCCAUCACACUGUACGAUGUGCAGGAACUGAAGAGGGCCAUAAAGGGUGCAGGGACAGACGAGGGCUGCCUGAUCGAAAUUCUGGCUUCUCGUUCCAGUGAAGAAAUCCAGCGCAUUAAUGAGACCUACCAUCGUCAAUAUGGAACUACCCUUGAAAAGGACAUUGUCUCAGAUACAUCUUCCAUGUUCCGCCGCGUGCUGGUGUCUCUAGCUACAGGAAACAGGGACCAGGGAAACUAUGUGGAUGAAGGCCUUGCUCAGCAAGAUGCCCAGUGCUUGUAUGAAGCCGGGGAGAAGAAAUGGGGAACAAAUGAGGGACAAUUCCUGACUAUCCUCUGUUCAAGAAACAGAUAUCACUUAUUAAAGGUCUUUGAUGAAUACAGAAGGAUUGCUAAGAAGGACAUUACAGAAAGCAUUAAAUCUGAGAUGUCGGGGGACCUCGAAGAUGCCUUAUUAGCUGUGGUAAAAUGCAUAAGGAAUAAGCAUGCAUACUUUGCUGAAAGAUUAUACGGUUCCAUGAAGGGUUUAGGGACGGAUGAUGAUACACUCAUUCGAGUGAUGGUGUCGCGGUGUGAAAUUGACAUGUUGGAUAUCAGGCAUGAAUUCAAGACGAUGUACGGGAAAUCUCUCUACUCCUUCAUCCAGGGAGACACUUCAGGAGACUAUAAGAAAGUCCUACUUGUGCUCUGUGGUGGUGAAGACUAAACCAUGUACAACUCAUUGUCGGGGGAAGAGGAGAAAUAGAUCACGAGUUUUUUUUUUU